UCCCCGCCCCGCCGAGACCAAUCAGAGAGGGCGCCGGGCCGGACGGAUCCGUUGAUUGGGCUCCGCUCGUCCUUCUGCGCGUUUCCUUUUCGCUCUCGACCGGCGGCUAUUAUUUUUGACAGCCAGCCCUUUUGUUUAAAAAAAAGAAAACCGCUCGAUCCUAUUCGAUCGAGGAUACAAAGAUGAGCAGCUCGGAGGAAGUGUCGUGGAUCUCCUGGUUCUGUGGACUGCGAGGCAAUGAGUUCUUCUGUGAGGUUGAUGAAGAUUAUAUUCAGGACAAGUUCAAUCUGACUGGCCUGAAUGAGCAGGUGCCCCAUUACCGCCAAGCUUUGGAUAUGAUUCUGGACCUCGAGCCCGAUGAGGAGCUGGAAGACAAUCCGAACCAAAGCGACCUUAUCGAGCAGGCUGCCGAGAUGCUGUACGGACUGAUCCACGCUCGCUACAUCCUCACCAACCGAGGGAUUGCUCAGAUGCUUGAGAAGUACCAGCAGGGAGACUUUGGCUACUGCCCUCGAGUGUACUGUGAGAACCAGCCCAUGCUUCCUAUUGGUCUGUCUGAUAUCCCUGGUGAGGCCAUGGUCAAGCUGUACUGUCCCAAGUGCAUGGACGUUUACACACCAAAGUCCUCGCGACAUCACCACACGGAUGGAGCUUAUUUUGGGACAGGCUUCCCCCACAUGCUGUUCAUGGUGCAUCCAGAGUACAGACCCAAGAGGCCAGCUAACCAGUUUGUUCCCAGGCUGUACGGUUUCAAGAUCCACCCCAUGGCCUACCAACUCCAGCUCCAAGCCGCCAGUAACUUCAAGAGCCCUGUCAAGACUAUCCGUUAGAGAGAACUGAAGCCCCGUCGAGCCGGCCACACUACUGGAUCUCCCCAUCUACAGUGCGUCGGCAAGUGCGAGAUGAUGAUGAUGAUGAUAACGCCGCAAGGCUGCACAUAGUGUCCACUUAUAACAAAACAGAAACUUCUCUCUCUCUCUCCCCCUCCCCCCUGCUCUCAGAACGUGCGCCCUUCACCCCUCACCACCUCCCCCUCCCCCCCCCCCACAUCCCAUUUACAGAGUCAUAAACUGAAGUUGGUGCCAAUGGAUUUCUUUCAGUGGGAAAAUACUUAACGCAAAAAAAGUUUUGUCAAAAAAAGUGCGCGUGUGUGUGUGUGUGUGUGUGUGUGUGUGUGUGUCAGUCGGUCAACCAGUGUCAUCCUUUCCAUUUUUCAGCAGGAACCCCCACCCCACCAUAGCAGCUGUAUUUUUUCUUUCCUUUUAUUUUUGAGUGCCCACCCUCUGAAGACUGGUUUUUGCACCCCACCCAUCCCAAACCCUUCCCCAAACAGGCCGUGCCUGGGAAACCACUGGAAAUGAUGGCAGCAUGAUGGGAAUGUGCCCAUCGUUCUCAGCUCCUUGCCCAGGUGGCCACAGUGCAGGAAGCUGGGCAGGGGUGGGGGGACGGAGUGGGGGAAGUGGUGCUGCCUGCCAUCUCUCUUGCCCCCUUUACGUUGCUGCUGCUUUUGCUUUCGGUGGUUAGGCACGGUGGUGGGGGGUGGGGUGGGGUGGGGGCGGUUUUUGAUGGAUGGGUGAUUGGGGGGGGUGAAAACGUGAUGGACAUUGCUGAGGAAACCCACUACGUCCACCCGGGUCUCGCUGCUGAACUAACCCCAGUGUGCCCCAAGGGUUCAGGGCGAGGGUGGUGGGGGGGGUGCAGGUUGGGUGGGGGUGGUUGCUGUGGGACAUUGGGGGCGCAUCUCGGACAUUCCCGACGUCAGCAGCUUUUGCCACGCUCUUGGAAGUUGUUUCAUUCCGCGCCCCCCCCCCCCCCCCCAAAAAAGGAAAACCCCCACGGCCUGUGCGUGCAGUGGGGGCAAAUACUUCUGAGAAAUCUCAGAGAGCCCACCCUCCUCUUCCCAAUGUUAGUGGAGUGACUGUGUAGUUUUAUUCACUGGCCAAGCCCAGAGUUAAGCGGGGGUGGGGGGGGGGGGGGGGGGUGGGGGGGAGGGAGCGGCAGCUUGAGGGGAUGGGGGGAGAGGUUUGUUCAGUUAAUUUUUGUCCACCCUGGAAAGGUUACAGUCAUUUUGCUGUAUUGUAUGUAUUGUAUAAAGGAUGUUGUUGACUUGGUAAAUUCUGUCUGUGUUUUUUUUAUUUUUAAAGGUUGGGUGGGGGGUUGGGGGAAGAAUGUGUUAGAUUGGCUUAGGGAUUGUUACUAACCUUUUUAUUUCUGAAUAAACACUUCAAUAGCUGAA